CUAUUCGAACGUAAAGCAGUUUGUCCGACGUGCAAGUGACUGCCACUAGGUAUCUAGUUAGCUACUAGCAAAGGCCCGAACUGAAUAAUUUUAGCUGUUGACGAUGAAAGUAGGAAUAUACAACAAGGCAGUCUAUUUGUAGUCCGUAUAAAAGUCGUUGUAACGAUGAUCAUAGAAAAUGUUGACGCCUUGAAGUCAUGGCUUGCGAAACUCCUGGAACCAAUAUGUGAUGCUGACCCCUCUGCGUUAGCCAACUACGUAGUGGCUUUAGUGAAGAAAGACAAACCUGAGAAAGAGCUUAAAGCCCUCUGUGCUGAUCAACUUGAUGUGUUCCUUCAACAAGAAACUGCAGGUUUUGUAGACAAACUAUUUGAAAGUUUAGUGACAAAAAAUUACAUUGUGAAACCCCCGAUGAAGGAGUCACCCAAAGAGGAGCCUAAACCAGUGGUGCAGAAGCCUGAUGAGAAGGAAAAAAACAAGGAAGAGGAGGUGAAUCACACAGAAGAUGCACGUGAAGUCAGGAGGCGGAGGAGUCCACUGAGGAACCGCCCAGAUUUGAAUGAGUCAAGGGGCCGAGAUGACCGGCGACGCGGGACAGACUGGAAGCGGCGAGACCUGGAGCGCCACGGGAAGGGCGGCGAGUCGUACCGCGAGCGGCACGAGCGACGGCGAGGGGGCUCCCGCGGGCGAAGCCGGAGCAGAAGCCGCAGCAGGAGCCGGAGCACCAGCAGAAGUCGCAGCGGGAGCAGAGGACGCGGGAGAGGUGAGCCGGAGAGGGAGGAGGACAGGCAGGACAGGCGGAGAAGAGCAGAACACUGGUCCAAGUUUGAGCAAGAGAGGAAGGAGCAGGGUGCCUACAUCCCCACCGCUGCCCCCAUGGGCAACGCUCCUCCUCCUCCCCCUACCUGCUCAACAUGAAUCCCCCUCCGCACAAGUUCCCCCCCUGCUCCUCCUCUUCCACCUCCUCCUCAUCGUCUUCCUCGAGGCCCGGCGGUCCCCGUCUCCGUCUCCAUGGCAACGCCAGCUCGUCAGCCCGACAACACGACGGAGAGCUGGUCCAGUUUCUACCUGAGUCAAGACAAGAGCAAGUCGGUGGACGCCAGCCCUUCCAAGAAGCAACGCUGCAGAGACUACGACGAGAAAGGCUUCUGCGUUUCUGGUGACCUCUGUCCGUUCGACCAUGGAAAUGACCCUCUGAUCGUGGACGACGUCAUUCUGCCCACCAUGAUUCCGUUCCCGCCCCCUCCGCCAGGGAUGCCCCCUCCCCGUAUGCCCAUGCCCCCCAUGACUGAGCCCCCGCCCAACAUCCGGAUGCCCCCUCCACUGCACGUGCAGCCGCCCAUCCCAGGGAUCUUCCCCAUGCCUGAUUCAUACGACUCAGAGGCGUAUAAUCCAGAGUCUCCAGGUCUCACCAGCCGACCACAGUACCGACAGUUCAUCCCACGGAUCCAGACACAGAGGCCCUAUCUUAUAGGCCUGACCUCCGGAGAAGGCCAGGGAUCGCGAGCUGCAAAUAUCGUGAUCCAGACGGAGCCCUCGGUGACCAGCGCGUCCACCAGCGAGUCGUGGUUCGGCUCCGACGCAGAGAGCAGGAAGAGGCCGCUGAGCUCCACAGACGGCCCCCAUCCCCCCAAGAAGCCCUGGAUGGACAAGCCAAACUUCAACUCCCAACAUAAGCCCAACUUCCCUAAGAAGAAUCACUACAUGAACACUAAACUGGAGGUCCGCCGGAUCCCACGGGAUCUCAACAACAUUACCAAGUUAAACGAGCACUUCAGCAAGUUUGGGACUAUUGUAAAUAUUCAGGUAAUGUUUGGGGGUGACCCGGAUGCCGCCCUCAUCCAGUACACGUCCAACAAGGAGGCCCGGGCUGCCAUCUCCAGCACCGAGGCCGUGUUCAACAACCGCUUCAUCCGGGUGCACUGGCACCACGAGGCCACCGGGGGGCAGCAGGAGCAGGGCCUAGGUAGCAGCCAGGGCACCAGUCUGGCCCCACAGCACGCCCCCACACACAAGCAGCACAACCCAGGGGCCUAUGUGCUGAAUAACACCUUGCCCAAACCGCGGCUAGAGCUGCCCACGGCCACCCAGGGGGCGACUGACUCGAAGGGCACAAGCCCGGAGCUGCCCACGGCUGCAACAUCUGCAGGGGGAAGUCAUCUGAAAGGGCCAUACACGCGAACAGUUCUCAAGCCGUCCUCAAAGUCCCUGGGGAAGACUGCCAAAGCACUUCAAGUGCAGGAGGUCCUAAAAAAGAAGCAGGAAGCAAUGAAGUUGCAACAAGGGAUGCGGAAAAAGAAACAGGAGAUUCUUGAGAUGCAGAUUGAGUGCCAGAAGGUGCUGAUCGCGCGUCUGGAGACCAACCGGACGAUGAAACCGGAGGAGCGCGCCAGCAUCAUCAAGACGCUGAACGGCCUGUCGGAGAUGAUCUCGGCGCUGCAGACGGAGAUCGUGGCUCUCCAGCGGCCCGCUGGCACCACGCCGCAGGCUCCACCCAAAAGUGACCAGCCUAAGGACAAGACAGAUGCCCAGAAGGAGCUGCUGGACACUGAGCUGGACAUCCACAUGAAGCUUGGCUCUGGCGAGGACACGGCAACACUCAAGAGGAAGCUGGCCGAGCUGCAUGCUGAGGCAACACGUAUGGGGCUGAUCCCGGCCGCGUCUGCGACCACAGCAACGGUGGCGCCGGUACGGCCGACGUUGGCUCCCCCCACUCGCGGACGCGGUGGUAGGGGCCGGGGACGAGGCCGCGGAGGGGGUCGAGGAGGAGGCGGCGGCGGCAACCACAUGGUGGUGGACCACCGGCCACGGGCGUUUGUCAUCCAAGGUGUCACGCAGGAGGAGAAGGACGAACUGAGGCCACACUUCAUGAAAUUUGGUGAAGUCGAGGAUUUCCGUGAUCAGGACGCCACCAGUGUUGUCAUGACCUUUAAGUCGCGGAGCGAGGCAGAGAGCGCUGCCAAUCAAGGGUCCAAGUUCAAGGGCCGCUUUCUGGAGAUCUCCUGGUACACGGCCAAACGACCCUCCGUGUCCUCUGAGCCCUCAGAGGAGGAUACAAAGGAGGAGGCCAAAACGGAACAUGUUAGCUCCUCCCUCCUCGCUGAAGAUGAAGAGGAGGAGGAGGACGACGACGAUGAGGACGAAGAUGGAGAAAGCCGCUCGUGGAGACGAUGGAAUAAAUAAAUUCAUCUGGCUUUUUAUCUUUAAUUUUAUUUUUAUGUCGUGGGUGGGGGUCGGAGGCAAAGCUGUCAGGUCAAACCGUCUAAACCAGUAUUCACUGACUGAAGGAAAACAUAUUUUGUUGAGUGUAGAUGUAUAUUGCGCCAAGUGCAAGUGCAUCCACACAGUUUUGAUAACUGCAUAAUUAAUCUCUUUGCCGAUGAACCGGUUUGAAACAUCAGGAUCACAAACUGCUCUGGUUUCACUUUGAUUACAUUGCAGUGCUGUAACACAAGAUUUGUGACUCAAAACAUUGUUUUUUUCCUCUUCCUCCUUAUGUUUCUUUAGUGUGCACCUGCUCCAAACUAUUUUAAUAUUAUAGUGAGCUAGCAGGUGACAACAUCCUGAUUAGCAUUGAAGGCAAAACUUAAAUGUGGCAUUGAAAAUUAAGUCAGUUGAGAUUAUAUUGCUACUCAAACUAUUUGCUUGAAUAGCCACUAUUAUCAUUGCAGUUACCCCUGAUGCUUGUUGUGCCACUACGUGUAAAUACAGUAUCCAUGGAAACGGAGGCACAGUUAGUUAUUCUGUAAAGUGCUUAAAGGAAUCCCUAACUUGCAUUAUUUCAUCCCAUACCAAAGAGAUCUUUGGAACAGGAUGGGUAGAAAACAUUGUUUUCACUUGACUUGUGUAUAGUGCUGUUCUGAAUGUAUGGUUUUUGGUUUUACAUUAUUUUGCCUUACAUAAUCAGCUGUGUGCUGGAUUUGUACAAGAUACAUGCCUCCCUCUGUUGAGCUUCUGUGUAAAUUUUGUACAUGUUGCAGUUUGGAAUGACUAUUCAUACCUUUUAUUACAUGGUAGCCAUUUCAAUGUUGAAGUUGGGGACAAAAUGGUUUCCCUUUUUUUUUUUUAAAAUUGUGAUUUUAUUUUUGAGUUUGAGAAAGUAUUCUGUCCCUUUCUAAAAUCCUUAUUUAUAGCAAUGUAUUUAAAACUUCACCAUCCCAUCAGUAACGGUUAUUUUCCCAGCAUUUCUAAAUAAGAAUUACCCCCUAUUAAUGCCUGUCAGGAAAGGGGCAUAUGUUUUUCAUAGAGCUGUAGAUAUUUUUCCCCAUUCCUUUCCUUUGAAAUGCCCUUGGUAAAGAGCGCUAUCCAUAAUGCCCUGUGUGAAUGUGCAAUGCUGAUGAAAUAUCUAUAUUUUUGUUAUUAGUACUUA